AUGGGCUGCGGUGCCUCCGCUGGGCAGAAGGACCAUCGCCGCCAAGCUUUUCUCAUCGUUCCCCAGGUGUCGACAUUCAGUGCUGACGAGGACGAACCCGAACCUCCAAGAGACAUUCGGGACUUCUAUGUGCUUGGCGACGUGCUGGGAAGUGGUGCCUUCGGACAAGUCCGCAGCGCUUGCUUGGUUCAGGAUCCGAGCGAGCUUCGAGCUGUCAAGGUUUUAGAGAAGGACGGGAAUGUGCGCCGAGAAGACCUAGACCAGGAAGCGGAGCUGCUUGGGCAGCUGGAACAUGAGAACAUCAUCCGCUUCCACGAUGUCUAUGAAGACGUGCACUUCCUGUAUCUCGUCACAGAUCACUGCGCUGGCGGCGAAGUGUUUACCAAAAUCGUUGAGCUGAGGAGGUUCACGGAAGAGAACGCAGCUUUCAUGGGCAAGCAGAUGCUGGCCGCCAUCGCAUACCUCCAUGAAAGGCGCAUCGUCCACAGGGACGUGAAAGCUGAGAACUUUCUCCUGGCAGAGCCGACCAUCCACUCGAAAAUCAAGAUGAUCGACUUCGGAUUGGCGUGCAGAAUUGAAGAAGGACAGUUCCUGACCGAGCUGUGCGGAUCUCCCCACUACGUCGCGCCGGAACUGAUCGGGCAGAGGUACACCGAGCUUGUCGACGUCUGGGCUUUCGGGGUCUUGAUGUAUCUUCUGAUGUACGGAGCGUACCCCUACGAUGGGAAAGAUCACAAAGACAUCAUGAUCAAGGUCCUAACGAAGAAGAUCCCAUGGCAGAAGCGAGCGGUGCUGAGCACCACGUGCCUGGACUGCUUGACUACCGCGCUGCAGCACGACGUCACGAAGCGCCUCAGUGCCAAGGAGGUCUCCCGGCAUGCCUGGUUCGAGGGCUCGUCGGAGGGCAAUUCCAUUCCCACCGAGGUCCUCCGAAGCGCUCACAGGAAGGUCACGUCUUCGAGGAAGACGGCGGAUCCCUCUGUGGAGCAGCAGCGCAACGAGAAGUUGCAGAAGUUGGAGGAGGACUGGAAGAAGGGCCUCCAGCCGAAGAUCCGCCCGGUGGCACACCGGCCGGAAGUGGUGAGGCGCGAGAACCGCUUGCGGACGGCGCCCUCCGCCAUCAAGGAGGCAAUGGCCCUGGCUCACAAUCGGGAUCUUUGCAGAGACCUGCUUUCCCAAGCCGACGCCAAGGGCUUCCUUGAGAGCCAGAACGAUUCCGCUUCCAUUGACCUCGGAUGCCCAGGAGCAGAAGACCUGAUUGAUGGCGACUUCACGACCCUCACGCCGCGCCUUCCUCCAGGAAUGAUCCGGAGUUCCCACAGCUUCCCUGACAGGGACCGCACACCGCCACCACGACCCGUAAACACGGGGACGUCCUUGGCCAUCUUCAUAGGCCAACCGCAUUGGCCAAAGCCAAUGCCCGUUGGAGAGUGCAGCCGGGCGGUUGGCCUCGCUGCUUCCGAAUCGCGCCCGUCAGAGUGGCCGCUCUCGCUCUCGAGCGAUUGGGUAAAGACGAUCGAAGCAGCGAAGCACUGCCCGGCCACCUGGCGCGCGGCCGCCUGCGGCGCGCCCGGCGCUGCGCCAGCAUGCACCGUUGGCACCCCCGGCAUCCGGCAACUCUUUGGCUCAAAGCUUCGCCACAUGGUGGGCCUUGAGCUUUGGCUUUGGAAGGCACCGAACUGUCAGCCUCUGUGGAAAGCUCCAGACUCCUUUUUUUUUGUUGGUACUCCUCCGCUGCCUGCUUGCUGCUUGCCUUUGAUCGCAGGGCCAUGGUCUACCGUGAACGAGACGAAGAGGCCCCACGGAAGGGCUCCGGCACUUUCCUCUGUUCCGGCGUUGGCGUGCCAGGAAGAGGACUACGGUCCUCCACACCCGGAAGAUGGCGGUUACGACGUGGCCUGGCCCGCCGUCCCGCACCCGGCCAACGCCAACGCUUGCCCGCAACUGCCGCUCGUGUUCAUUUCUUCCUGGGACCAAGGGUACUGCGUCAUCAGCAUGGAGCUCGCCGACGAGGCAGUGAAGGACAUCGAAGGCAGCGUGGGGCCGAUGGAGUGGGGGAUUUUUCCGGCGGAAACCGAGGAGGAGUAUUUGGGCGUGGAUGUGAGCGACUGCAAGGUGGCCUGGCUCCAGUACGUCGGCUAUCAGGCGAGCAAGGGCUCCGGGCUCCGGAUGUACGACAUCGAGGAGAUGGGGCCGAACAUGCAGAUGGAUCGCCUGGCGCCGCUGGAGCUCUGCGACCGAGCGCUGACGAACGUAGCAGCGCUGAUGUGGCCCUACACGCCGGAGUAUGAAGAUGACAAGGCUUUCGCAGUUUUCCAGCGCACCAGUGGAUUGGUGAGAUCUUCAAUCAAUCCUGGAGACGAAGGUGUUCGGAGUCGGACCUUCGGGCAGGACGAGCAGAGUGAGCUCGACAUGCACAUCGGCUUCGUAGAUGGCAAGCGUCUGGCGAUGAUUUUUCUCAUCGACAACGACGGUGGAGAGCUGGAGUUGUUUCCAAAUCCCACGGGCUACGACUACAAUGAGGUGACGCUUCCUCUGUCGAAGAACAAGCUCAUCGUCUUUCGUUGCGAUGCCCUGGGCUUGAACUAUAGCUACCGCCCCAAAGGCAAGCACAUGGCGCUGCAGUCUUGGGUCCUGGACGUGCCUUCCGCGUGGAAGGACAAGGAGGAGGCCUUGCGAAUCUUGGAUGGCCCAGAAGAGCCAGAGGGCCGACGUAACAACGUCAUGGGGGUUUGCACUCGAUAUCCCGGUCUCGGCUUCGAGGUGCAGGCCUACUGGAACAUGUUGGCCGCCGGCACGGACACGGAGGUCAAAAUCCCCAUCCAGCGCUGGGACACAGACAUCUACUACAGGGCGGAGCACACCAUCGGCUUCUCAAUGACCUGCCACGGAGCCAACCUCCAACAGUCGGAGAUCGAGAUGUUCGACAACCAGUUCUUCGGCAUCGACAAGAGGGAGGCAAUCGAGAUGGCCCCCUACAUGCGAGUCAUGUUGGAGGUGGGCUAUGAGGCCCUUCACAAUGCCGGGCACCGGAGAAGCGAGCUGAAGAACUGGAAGUGCGGCGUCUUCUGUGGGGAUUCCGGCUCCGACUGGGAUGGCAUUCACUACACGAUGUCCAAGGACCUGGACAUCAAGCUGGCGGGCAGGGAGAGGUCGGCAGCGGCGAAUCGCUUGUCGCACGUCUUCGGCCUCACCGGCCCCACUUCCACGGCCGAAACGGCCUGCUCCUCAAGUCUGGUUGCCUUGGGCAUCGGGCAGAUGACGAUGAGGUCCAAGCUGGAGGAUCAGCAGACACCCAACAUCACUACGGAGCUGAAGCACGGCCUCGUGAUUGGGAGCAACUUGCUCCUGGGUCCUGGUGGCUACAUCUCCCUGAGCGGACCGGGCAUGCUUACGCACCAGGGACGGUGCUUCACUUUUGACAACUCGGCGGAUGGCUUCGCUCGAGGAGAGGGCGUGGGGUCCGUCAAGCUGAAGGUUUGUGAGGAUUCCGUGGAAGCGUCUGGGCGAGUUGCCAUGCUGAUCGGCUGCAGCGUGAACCAGGACGGUCGCAGUGCCUCCAUGACAGCGCCGCACGGCCCAUCGCAGCAGGAAGUCAUUCGACAGUCCAUGCGGGAGGCUGGCUUGUCGCCCAACAGUAUCACCAUCGCCGAGUGCCAUGGAACAGGCACCGCGCUGGGAGAUCCGAUCGAGAUCGGAGCCUUGCGAGGGGUCAUGCGUGCAGACCGGGCCCGCCCCAUCCUGAAGACCAGCUCCAAGACGAACCUGGGCCACUUAGAAGCCGGAGCUGGGAUGGCAGGCUUGAUCAAGUGCAUCUGCAUGUUGAACUACUCCUCGGGCGCUCCCAACAUCCAUCUCCUCGUGCUCAACCCGCACUUGGAUGUGGCCGGCUAUCCUGUGUACUUCCAGUCCGAGUUGCUAGACUACGGCUACAACAGCGGGCUCACAGGCGUGUCAUCCUUCGGCUUCGGAGGCACCAACGCGCGUGCAGACGUGUGGGGCCACGCGACGAAGGGACAUCGCUACUGCAUCACCGGCCCUCUGGAGUCUCUGACGCAGUUUCAAAGAUAA